UAUAAAAUGGAGGAGGAAGUUGGAACUGAUGAUGACAUGCACACUGCUGAUGAAGAAGGGAAAACGCCUUUAAGAAAAGGCCAAUUAAAUGAGCGGGAAUUACAACAAAAGCUCGCGGCGCUUGAAAAGGAAAUCGCCAAACUUGGAAUAAACAGAAUGCGUGAAGGAUUACCUCUUCCAGAAUUUUAUUCGGGAAUAGAGGAUUUUGAGGCUUACCUUCGUAGAUUCAAUAAGAUUGCCACCGCACAUCAGUGGAGUGGGACGCGUUGCACCCAAAUAUUACCUUUAUAUCUGUUGGAGGAAGCUCGCGCGAUAUAUGAUUCUUUGGGCGCGGACUCUAAAAAUACGUGGAAAGGAUUGACAGACGCCUUGGCGAUAAAAUUGAAAAAAUUAAAUACAAAAGAAUCAGCGCGUAGGAUGUUGACUAACAGAAAACAAAAAUCUAAUGAAUCUAUAAUUGAAUUUGCGCAGGUUAUUCGCGGUCUAAUAAACAAGGCUUUUCCAGAAAAUUCCUUUAAAAAAGUUGUUCUUGAGACGGAAGAGGCGAGAACUCAGAGAAUUAAAGAUUGGAGAGAUGACCUUGCUAAAGACUAUUUCAAAAAUGGAAUUAAAUUGGAAAUUAAGGAAAAAUUGGCAUUUAUUACAACGGAUACACUAGAAGACACUAUUAACCAAGCCAAACAGAUUGAGGAGGUGCAAAAUGCUUUGAAAGAGGAUAGAAUGAGUUAACGCUGUAAAAGCGCAGGUAAAUGAACUAAAGGAGAAAUUUGAUAAUCGCAUGACAACACAACCUUUCGGGGAAAUUAUAAUAAUUGGAGAGGAAAUUUUAAUACUCGUGGCAAUUGGAACCAAA